CUUCGAGCCCACACCACCGCUCUUGCCACCGCCACUCAAUCUAUUCUCGGAAUUAUUAUGAAUAUCGCCAUUCCAUACAUGGUUAAUCCGGACGAAGGAAAUCUAAAAGGUAAGGUCGGCUUUGUGUUUGGCGGCCUUGCCGCUAUUGCUACUCUCGGUGCACGGAUCUAUGUCCCAGAACUCAAGGGGCGUACAAAUCGUGAGAUUGAUAUGCUUUUUGCGGCUCGUAUUCCUACAAAGAAGAUGGGCUCGUAUCAUCUUGAUCAGGAGGUCGCAUCAGAUGCAAGAAUGACCAUGAAGCGAAUCCAGGCUUGA